CACACACACACACACACACACACACACACACACACCACACACACACACACACACACACACACACACACACACAACUUCCUCUGACUUUUCUGAGACAAAGAGGUGGGUAUAAACUGACUCCAGGAAAACUCGAGUGGGAAAACGUGCCUUUGGGUUGGGACAAUUUAGAUGGUGGAGCAAAGCAAAAAGGAGGCAACGGCAAGUAUGUUCGUGAUGGGCCUGUGCCCCUGAGGGAGGGUGAGGAAGUCCCUAAGGGUGACCUUAGCCAGACAGUGACUCUAGAAGAAGGGGCUCGACAGAGGUCAUGUAAAGAGAGGAGCUAAUUCAGUCAGAAAACCCCUGGCACUCAAGAGAACCACCGUGGGAGUUCCCGUCGUGGCGCAGUGGUUAACGAAUCCGACUAGGAACCAUGAGGUUGAGGGUUCGAUCCCUGCCCUUACUCAGUGGGUUAACGAUCCGGCGUUGCCGUGAGCUGUGGUGCAGGUUGCAGACGCGGCUCGGAUCCUGCGUUGCUGUGGCUCUGGCGUAGGCCGGUGGCUACAGCUCCGAUUCAACCCCUAGCCUGGGAACCUCCAUAUGCCGCGGCCCAAGAAAUAGCAAAAAAAAAAAAAAAGAGAACCACCGUGGAGGCCCGUAGCCAGAGCCGGUCCCUUUUAACCCAAGUAGGGAAGGGGAAUGAGACUAAGAAGUGAAUUUCUUGACAGUCGCAGGCCAGAAAGAGGCAGAGGGACGUCAGUGCCUCUUCCUGGGAGGCGGCCCCCUCCGUAGGCUGCACAGGAGUUCGCUGAGGGGCCGGCGAGGAAAGGUGUGGGACAGAGGUGGAGGCAUGUAUUCCACCUUUCGCUUUAGCAGUAUCUGAAGUCACGGCGAGACUAAGGGCUUCCAUUCAGUCCCGUGUAUUGCAAGAAUCCAUGAAUUAUCUGAAUCAUUUCGCCACUUAAUCAACCCUACAGUUGUUUCACGUGUAUCUUGUUUGCUUGGUUAAACCCUACACUAUUUGAGAACCAAAGCUGUGCUAUUGCUCUAGCACCAGUCUCAGGGCCACGGGUCCCUCUUCCAGAGUCUCCUACCUUCAGUACCUCUUGCCAGGAACACAUUCCUCUCCUGCCCAGUCACUCUCCAAGGAGAUUCUGUCCCCUAAAUAUCUCUGGAAGCCAUCUUUUCUCCAAGCUGUCAUCACCGCUUGUCCAGACUGCUGCUUCCUCGCCAGGUCUCCCAUCUCCCUUCCUGUCCUCCACACACAGCCGCGUGAGCUCUGAAAAACAAACCUAAACACCUGACUUUCCUCAUUCAGAUUCUUCAGUGGCUUCCCGUUGCUUUUGGAAUAAAGUCCUAAAUUCAAAGAGCUUGCAUAAGUCAGCCUGUACCAUGCAUCGACCCUCUUGGUUCCCUAAGUUCCAGUCACAUUGGCUGGCUUUCCGUCUUCCUGCCGCAAAGCCAGCACACGGACUGUUCUCUCCGCUUGUAACACUCCCAUUUUCCACCUUUUAAUCCUAAAUGUUUCUUCCUCGGGGAGACCUUUUCUGAUUUUGUGAUGUAGGUCAAGACUUUUAGUUAAAUCUUCUCUUAGCACCAUGCCUGUUUCAUAGCACUUAUUACAAUCAUAAUGUUUACAGUAGAGACGUAAUUGGCUGGCAGGCUGCUAGAUUGUAAGCUCAUGAGGGCAGAAAUCACGUCCAUCUUGUUCACUGCUGUAUUCCCAGUGUCGGGCACACAGUUGUUGCUCAAUAAAUUUUGACUUAAUGAACUC